GCGGCCACGACGACGACGACGACGGCGGCGGCGGUUGCUGCGCCGGGUACUGGGGCCGCUGCCUGAGGCGCAGGCGCCGUGGCCUCAGCCCGCCCCGGGCCGCGGCUGGCUGUGGGCUCGUCAUGGCGACCGAGAAGAGGCCUUUCCACCUGGUGGUGUUCGGCGCCUCUGGCUUCACCGGCCAGUUCGUGACCGCGGAGGUGGCCCGGGAGCAGGCGGACCCGGAGCGGAGCUCCCGCCUGCCCUGGGCCGUGGCGGGCCGCUCUCGGGAGAGGCUGCGGCGGGCGCUGGAGGAGGCUGCCCGGAAGCUGGGAAGACCAACACUAUUGUCUGAAGUUGGAAUAAUCAUCUGUGAUAUCACUAAUCCAGCCUCACUUGAUGAAAUGGCUAAACAGGCGACAGUUGUCCUCAAUUGUGUAGGACCAUAUCGAUUUUAUGGAGAACCUGUAGUAAAGGCAUGUAUUGAAAAUGGAACCAGUUGUGUCGACAUCUGUGGAGAGCCUCAGUUUCUGGAAUUAAUGAAGUGGAAGUAUCAUGAAAAAGCUGCAGAAAAGGGGGUUUAUAUCAUUGGAAGCAGUGGCUUUGACUCCAUUCCAGCAGAUCUGGGAGUAAUAUAUACCAGAAAUAAAAUGAAUGGUACUUUGACUGCUGUGGAAAGUUUCCUAACUAUACAUACAGGACCUGAGGGAUUGUGCAUUCACGAUAGUACCUGGAAGUCAGCAGUUUAUGGUUUUGGAGAUCAGAGUAAUUUGAGAAAACUACGACAAGCAUCAAAUCUGAAACCUCUCCCAAUUGUUGGUGCAAAAUUGAAAAGAAGGUGGCCAAUUUCUUUUUGUAGAGAACUCAACGUAUAUUCCGUUCCUUUCUUGGGAUCUGAUGUGUCUGUUGUGAAGCGGACUCAGCGUUACUUGCAUGAAAAUUUAGAGGAAUCACCGGUUCAGUAUGCUGCUUACGUAACCGUGGGAGGCAUCACCUCUGUCAUUAAGCUGAUGUUUGCAGGACUUUUCUUUUUAUUCUUUGUGAAGUUUGGCAUUGGAAGGCAACUUCUCAUAAAAUUCCCAUGGCUCUUCUCCUUUGGCUGUUUUUCAAAACAAGGUCCAACACAAAAACAGAUGGAUGCCGCCUCAUUUACGGUCACGUUCUUCGGUCAAGGAUAUAGCCAAGGCCUUAGUACUGAUAAGAACAAACCAAAUAUCAGAAUUUGUACUCAGGUGAAAGGACCAGAGGCUAGCUAUGUGGCUACACCCAUAGCUAUGGUUCAGGCAGCCAUGACGCUUCUAAAUGAUGUCUCGGAUCUUCCUAAGGGGGGUGGGGUCUUCACGCCUGGAGCAGCUUUCUCCAAAACAAAGUUGAUUGACAGACUCAACAAACAUGGCAUUGAAUUUAGUGUCAUUAGCAGCUCUGAAGUCUAAAUAUUUGAAGAAUUAACUGAAGUCAUAAAGUGCAUGAAUUAACAGCUUCUGUAUUUGAUAUCUGAAAUUCUUCUAUAAGCCUGUCUGACUAUAUAUGGAAAAGAUUGUCAAAUAUAAAAUAUCUACACAUUAAAAGCAGGAAAUUAUACUACCUUAUCCUAAAUUUCACAUCUCAGCUGAUUUUGUGAUUUUAUUGCUUGUAAGAGAGAACUAAUAUUUGACUUACUUUUCCACCGAAAUGUUCCUGGGAAAUUUUUAUGAACGAGCUGGCAGGUCUGAUGGGGGAGGCAGUGUCCCUGUCUUUGUUGUUAACAGCUUUCCUCGGUGAAGGUGCCCGGACUGGCAUUCAUUUAGGACAGUAACUGCUGCUUUCCUUGCCAGGGUAUGAAUGGGAUCUCACCUUCUGGUGAGUUUGUCUACGUAUUGUGUGAGCCUUUGCUAAAUGAAACAGCACUUUUUGCUAUUUUAGCCUAGUUUUUCACCCAUCUACCCUGACUGAUUUUGGACUGUUACCUGAGUUGUAUAGUUGUGUAAUAAAGAGUUGUCAGUUGAA